UGCACCAGGGAUGUAGUCUAAUUCACUCAGUCUGCCACUGAAACGUAUUCACUUUCCCAGUCUUUGUAUGACUGAACUGGACCUACCUGUCAUAGAUUCCUACAUUGAAUAUGGGUAACAUAACAGUUCAUCAGAACUUUACAUGUUAUGCGGAGCCAAAGAACAUGACAUGCUUUUCAACACUGCCAGAAAAUUUUGUUGGUGGAGUAAUACUAUCAUUUACAGUCUCCAUUGCCAUUGGAUUGAUAAUUGGAGGCAUAAUAUGGAUUCUACUCACAUGCCUGUCCCGCCGUCGUGCCAGUGCAGCUAUUUCCCCAAGAAUGACCAGCUCAUCAAGUCGUCGUCCUAGAACUUCUUCUCAAAACCAUGCAUUGAACAGAUCUGGGUUUUAUCGCAACAGUACUUGUGAACGUAGAAGCAACCUCAGCUUAGCCAGCCUGACUUUUCAACGGCAGACUUCCCAAGAGCAGCCUGAUCCAUUCACAAGAAAAAAUAGCUUUAGAGCAUCCACUUUUCAUCCAUUCUUGCAAUCUCCUCCACUUGCAGUUGAAGCUGAGAGUCAACUUGUCACUCUACCUCGGGCCAACAGCACGUCACCAACAACUAGCCCCACUGGCAACUUUGGCCGUCCAGACUUUCACUGGUCUAGUAACAGCCUACGUCUUGGCCACUCAACUCACACACCUCCUCCAGCCUAUGAGAGUAUCAUCAAAGCUUUUCCUGAUCCUUGAAAACUGUUGGGUUGAGCAGUUACUGUAAAGGAAUUUGGGAAACAGUAUACUCGCACAGAAGAACUCUUAUUUCCCUAGAGUUCAGUACACUAAUAGUUCAAAGCCAAGUAUACCAAAUUGUACAAAAAAGUUUGGUUGGUUUUAUAAGCCAAUGUUGGGUCAAUAUUUGACUCAUUCUAUAAAUUGGGCAGUGUAAAUCUACUAUGUACAUGGACACUGAAUAACCAAUAUAUUACUUGCAGCUGCUUAUUUGAGUGGUUUUGUUUCUUCACAUAACUAUUUGUAUCACAUACUCUAAGUCUUAACUUUUUAUUUUAUAUUUCUUCAUGCAUAUCAAACACUGUUUUUGUUGCUAAAUUUGUUUGAUUUUCACAUUUCCAUGUUAUUUUUGCUAGAAAUGUUUAAAUGUACGCAUUAUAUUUUAUUUUUAUAAUACUUUAGAAGGCCUUUACAUCUAUUUGCAAAAUUUUUCUUCAUUUAAUAUACAACCGCUGGCAAAACCUAUGAUAUCCACAUACUAAGAGGAUGGUCACCCAGCUUUUUAAUUUCUUUACAAACACACAAAUCAUAAAUAUGACAAAAAACAAUGUUUGUUUAAUACCCGGACAUUCUGGCUUUCUGAACUUUCUCCAAAUGAAGAAAAAAAUGUUUUAUUCAAAUUAAUGACAUAUAAUUUUUUUAGAUCAAGCAGAGAAAAAAAAUCACUACAACCCCACAUUAGUGGUGAUAUGCAAUAGUUUUCUUCAGGCAUCAUUUUUAUAUAUUUCAUUAGAAUGACACGAGACAAAAGUUGCAGCAUGAUGUCCUUGGCAGAUUUAUGAUUUAUCACUGAAUACUACUUUCAUCCAUUCCUCCACACUCCUUGAUUGUUUCUCUUUAGCCCAGUGUAACAUGUUUUUUUCUGUUCAGGUGCUAGUGCUAGUUUAUGUUUGACUUUUCUAUAUGUACCGUAUAUACUCGAGUAUAAGCCGACCCGAGUAUAAGCCGAGACCCCUAAUUUCAACCCAAAAUCCCAGGAAAAGUUAUUGACUCGAGUAUAAGCCUAGGGUGGGAAAUACCUCAUCCCCCCUGUCAUCAUCCAGACCCGUCAUUAACAUCCUCAUCAUCAUCCCCUUGUCAUCAUCCCACACAUCCCCCCUUCAUCAUCCCCUUAUCAUCCCACAC